AUCUUCCAUCAAACUUUCUUCUUCUUUUUCUUUUCUUUCCAAACAUCGCUCAGAGCAAUCUCAGAAAAAGUUUCUGCCAGCAUUGUUCUGAUCUUGUCACAAGAUCUUUGGGCCUGAUUCUCCAUGCGCUGAAUCGCCCGCAGCCUCCAUUCGGCUAUUGCUUCUCUGUCGUACCGUCGAUUAACAGUCCCUGUUCAAGCUUCGAAUCGAAACGAGUUGUACCGAGACGUGUGUGGGAUACUUGUUCAAAAUGGUGAGCUUCAUUGUCGGCAAGCCGAGCUUCAGCCCAAGCUUUGCGUAAAGCUGGGCGCUGACUCGAGAAUCAGACGUCAUCUGCUUCUACAGCUACUCCUUCCAGACCUCAACAUGACUUUGAACUUCGUGUUGAAGAGGUCAAAUCUCCCAAAAGUGAUAUCAAUGCAUUGAUUCUGGACUACCUUACCAUGGAGGGAUAUCCAAACGCCGCAGCCAAUUUUUCCAAAGAGGCCAAUCUGGUCCCUCACCAGGAGACACCUUCUAUCAUUGCCAGACAGGAAAUACAAAAGUGUAUCCAUAGCGGCAAUAUCCAAACAGCUAUUGAAACAUUAAAUGAUUUCGACCCCGAGAUCCUAGAUGAAGACAAAGCACUGCAUUUUUCUCUGCUACGACUUCAACUUGUCGAACUCAUUCGUACCUGUAAUACACCUGGAGGCGAUAUUGGGCCGGCGCUCAAGUUUGCCACAGAGCAACUAGGCCCUAGAGCACCUACGAACAACAAGUUCCUCGGGGAUCUAGAGAAGACGAUGGCACUACUCAUGUUCCCAUCGGACUCGCUUGAGCCAGAAUUAGCAGCUCUGUUAAAACCAGAGCUGCGCCUAGAAGUAGCUGAUAACGUCAACCGUGCCAUUCUGGAACGGCAAUCCCAAAGACGCGAGUCGGCCAUCCGCCAGCUCGUGAGAAUGCGCGUCUGGGCCGAGAAUACUGCUCGCGACAAAGGCAAAAGUCUACCUGAGUACCUGGAGCUUGGCUUGUAUAACGACGUGCCUGACCUCGGUAGACUGCCUCCCCAGACACGAAACGGCCACGACCCCAUGAUUACAACGUGACUUUGAUAUUAGACCUGGAAAUAUGGUCGGACUAGCCUUUGGUUAAGCGGUAGAGAAUGCCGGCGUUAUCGUAACAGUUCCUAGCUUGGCGUUAGGGGUAAAUAUCAACAUUGUGGUAAGGAUAGGAAUGAGAAACAGAACCAGGCCGGGCGUUUUGGAGCGACUUCGUAGUCGUACUCCAACACAUCGUGGACUCCAUAUUUCAGAAAGAAAUGAUAAUGAAUCAUUAAUUGAUC